UUUCCCUCUAUUACUCCCUUCUUCAACACGCAAAAUGAGCUCCAACGACAACGAGGAACUGAUCGACUACGAAGAUGAGCACGACAUCGUCCCCAGUGCUGCGCCCGCUGGGACGAACGGUGCAGUGGUGGGCGACGAGGACAAGGAGAAGAAAAACUUCUCAAGCAUCCACUCCACGGGUUUCCGGGACUUCUUGCUCAAGGCUGAGCUGUUGCGAGCAAUCAGCGACCUUGGUUUCGAGCAUCCGUCCGAAGUUCAGCAAGAGUGUAUCCCGCAGGCUGUCCUCGGGAUGGACGUCCUCUGCCAGGCAAAGUCCGGGCACGGAAAGACUGCGGUCUUCGUCCUCGCGACUUUGCAACAGCUUGAGCCUGUUAACGGCGAGGUGUCCGUGAUCGUUCUCUGUCAUACGCGUGAACUCGCGUUCCAGAUCAAGAACGAAUACACGCGCUUUGCCAAGUACAUGUCCGACGUCCGUGUUAGCACGUUCUACGGCGGAACACCCGUGUCUAAGGACUCGGAGAUUCUUCGUGACAAGUCCCGGUGCCCACACAUCAUCGUCGCCACACCUGGCCGACUGAACGCCUUGGCGAGAGAUAAGGUCCUUGACGCAAAACACGUGAAACACUUCGUGCUCGACGAAUGCGACAAAAUGUUGGAACAGCUUGACAUGCGCCGCGAUGUUCAAGAAAUCUUCCGGGCGACACCUCACCACAAGCAAGUCAUGAUGUUCAGUGCCACCUUGGCGAAGGAGAUCCGGGCCACUUGCAAGAAGUUCAUGUCCAACCCGCUGGAAAUCUUCGUCGAUGACGAGACUAAGCUCACCCUUCACGGAUUACAGCAACACUACGUCAAGUUGGAGGAGAACGGCAAGAACAGGAAGUUGAACGAAUUGUUGGACACUCUCGAGUUCAACCAAGUCGUCAUCUUUGUCAAGUCCGUUGCGCGUGCCAAUGAACUGGACAAGCUUUUGGUGUCUUGCAACUUCCCUAGCAUCAGCAUCCACUCUGGGCUUGCUCAAGAGGAGCGUAUUGCCCGAUACACCGCCUUCAAGGCCUUCGAAAAGCGUAUCCUCGUCGCCACUGACAUCUUCGGUCGUGGAAUCGACGUUGAGCGAGUGAACAUCGUUGUCAACUACGACUGCCCACCGGACGCCGACAGCUAUCUCCACCGAGUCGGUCGUGCGGGUCGUUUCGGUACCAAGGGUUUGGCUGUCACGUUUGUGACUUCGGAGGCAGACACGGCAGUUAUGGCCGCCAUUCAGUCCCGAUUCACUGUUGCCGUCCCCGAGUUGCCUGACCACAUCGAACCUACUAGCUACAUGACCUCGUAAUUGUAUUUCUUACUGGUGUCCUUUUUUGAAUCUCUGUUUGUACCCUACAAUAGUCUGCACUCUGUGGAAGCGCCACUUCUCAUAUCUGAUCAUACAAUCGCAACACGCUUUCAGGCUCUGUAAGACACCCGCGAACUGGCCAGCCAAAAUUCGGUUCCCCCAACUUGACUCCAUCCGACGGGCCCGAGAUCGCACUCUGCACAGGCGAGAAGCUUCAUGUCGGGCGCUGAUGCUGCUGGUUUGGAGAACCCGAUGUUUUCGAACUCCAUCGGCGAAGGGCUCACGAGCCACCACGAC